AUGUCAAAGGAAAGUUCUGAUACUCUUGCAGCGCUGAUUGAGAACAAGUUUCUUCAUAUUUUUGGCAGAGAAUUUGUUGAAGCCGUUAAGUUUGCCAUGGAAAUGUGUAAAUAUAAUUUUUUGCCGAAGUUUGAGCAAUUGCAAGCGAUCUAUUACCUGUCUCGCGGUAAAGAUGUAUUCGUUCAUCUGAGAACUGGUUUCGAAAAGUCGCUGAUUUACACGCUCUUUCCAUAUGUUUGCGAUGCUCUGCGAUCGUCACCAAACAACGAUUGCCGUUCAUCUAUCGUCGUUUUGAUUUCACCACUAAUUUCCCUCAUGGAUGAUCAGAUGGCUAAAAUGGCCGAACGAGGAAUACAUAGCGUCAAGCUCACCGAUCUUAAAGACCGACAAGUUGAGGACGUUCGACGUGGAAAAUCGAACAUCAAAAUCGCUUUGUUAUCCCCUGAGGCAUUUACCAGUUUGACUGUAAGGGAGACUCUGAGGGAACUGAAAGAGCAUAUUGUUUGUGUGGCAAUUGAUGAGGCACAUUGUGCACUACAAUGGUAGGUCUAUGCUAGAUAUUUUAAUAAUUUAAUAAAUAAAUUAGCCAAAGUGCUUUCCCUUGACUACAGAGCCUCAUUCUAUUGCAAGAGAAUUUGGCUAAUUGUCAUAUGUUUAUACUAAGUUUUAAAGGAUUAUUGAAAUUAUUGAAAAUGUGGCGAGAUAACCAACGAUUGGAUAGGGCAAAAUUUUUUUACACUUUGGUUCAUCACGUUAUAUAAUUAGCCUUGCAAAUAAGUAACUUUAUACAGUAACCUACUCUGAACUCACUUGAUUUAUUUUAAGGGGCAGAGAUUUCAGAAGCGCUUACAAUGAGUUAAAAGACAUCCGUGCUUUAAUGAUGGCUGGAUUACCUAUAACUGCACUUACAGCCACUGCUAAUUGCAAAACAAUGAACUACAUCACUGCUAAAUUGGAUAUGGAAGGUUGUAUUGUUAUCAAAUCAUCUACAAACCGACCCAACAUAUUUUAUAAAGUAUGUAUCCUUCCUAACUGUCAAGGGGAUGAUGAUCAACUAUUCCAAUCCUGCUUUGGUUUUGUUGUUGAACAACUGUUGCAGCACAAUGACAAAGCAGAUAAAGUGAUUAUAUACUGUACCUCAACUAAUGAUUGUGCUACCAUUUACGAGUUCUUUGAAAAUGCCUUGGGAAGCAAUAUUUAUGAUAACGCUAACCAAUUAUUGGUUAACAUGUAUGUAAAAGUUAUGGAUGAUAGAACAAAAAAGGACAUCAUAGCGAAGUUUACCAAACCAGAUGGUCCACUUAGAGUUGUUGUUUGCUCAUCAGCAUUUGGACUGGGGGUUGACUGUCCCAAUGUGAGAACUGUUGUUCACUUUAAGUCUCCAGAUACACUCAUGCAAUUUGUACAGGAGAGUGGCCGUGUCGGAAGGGAUGGAGAAGCAUCAAAGUCUCUACUGUUUGUUGGUGGAAGGGAGUUUGGUCAUUAUAAGGCUAAACUUACUAAAUCGUCUGCCAUGAAAAUGCAAUUUGACGAACUUGAAACAAUGAAAGGGUAUGCUAUGAAUACAUCAACUUGCAGACGAUUUUUGAUUUUACACUAUUUUGAUGGUUCAGAUGAAGCAGAAAAACAGUGCAAGCUAAUGGAACCACAGAAUUGUUGUGAUGUAUGUUUUAGAAGUGCUGGUGGGUUUGUAAGUACAUCUGAGAAAGAGUUACGUUGUCUAUCAAUUGGAAAAACUGCAAAUAAAGAAGUUGUUAUUUACCCUCAACUAUCUGGGAAGCAAAAAAGUGAAGUUCGACAACAUUUGACAAAAUAUAGAGAUGGUCUUGUGGCAUGCAAGGAAACAAGCUUGUUUGGAGUUGACAAGGUAACUGGUUUCACUGAAACUGUUAUUGAACAAGUUAUUAGUAAAUGUGAUACUUUCUACUCCAUCAAAGAUGUGCAUGAUAAUGUUGAUUUAUGGGGUGAAGACCAUGCUAUUGCCAUUUUUAAUAUUGUUGAAAGUGUAAAAAAUGUUAACACUAACCCCGUUUGA